AUGGGGAAAAAGCUGGAUGUUCUGCUGAGGAGAAGUUUCAAGACCUCAAAAUUCAAGGCCACGGUGGCUAUGGCUGUUUCCCGGCUGGCCGUGCUCCGAAACCAGCGCCACGCCCGGUGCUCGAUUGCCCGGUCCGACGUCGUCGAGUUUCUCAAGAAUAACAGCCAUGAAAGAGCUAUUCUCAGGGUUGAGCAGGUGAUCAAGGAGCAGAACAUGUUGGAUGUGUUUGUUUUGGUGGAGGGCUAUUGCCAUCUGUUGGUAGAAAGGGUCCACCUUUUUGAACAACAAAAAGUUUGCCCUGAAGAAUUGAAAGAAGCUGUGUCAACUCUAAUCUAUGUUGCCUCGAGAUGUGGGGAGUUUCCGGAACUUCAACACAUUCGCUCGAUUUUCGCCUCACGUUUCGGGAGGGAUUUUGCUGCUAGGGCCGUCGAGCUACGCAAUAACUGUGGGGUGAAUCCUAAGGUAUGUUUGCGUCUCAUCAAGAAGUAUGGUUUCUUUAGUUAA